AUCGGACGAACACUCGUCCCGCGUUACUUCAGCACGGUGUUUGAGGGCGGCGUCACUGACCUGUACUACAUCCUCAAACACUCCAAGGAGUCCUUCCACAACUCCUGCAUCACUGUGGACUGUGAUCAGUGCACCAUGGUCACCCAGCAUGGUAAACCAAUGUUUACAAAGGUAAGAUCUGUAAUCAUAACCCCUGCAAUAAAUACAAGGCUGUCAUUGUGAGUCACCAAGUUCUUAUGCGAUUUUAUUUAAUUCGCAAUCAAAUUGGAAUGAUUUAUUUGAAGUUCGUAUCCAUGACAUAAGUGUCAUAGUUUUUUUACAUUUAUGAAAUUAUUUUCCACAAAGCUGAAGAGAGUAAAUGUAUGGUGGGUGUGGCUCCUAAAAGGAGUAUCUAGCAACACUUCAGAUGGUCAACUGUGUUGGAAUCUGGUUCUGCAGACUGUCUUUUGAAUUUAAAGUGAGGCGAGGAUAGCUACAGGGAUUCCUUGUGCCAUGAAUGAACACUGCAGUGAAGUACACACACAAUUUAACUCCAUAAAAUUACCCACAAUGCAGUGUUAUCAUAAAACCUAGCCUCAAUGUUAGGUUAUACCAUAGCUUGCAUAAACUGCAACAGAUGAAGAACAUUAACAGUACACACAAACACGGUAAAUAACAUUUUUUAGUGAUAUUUUCUCAACUGGCCCAUUUAAGCUUUAGCAAAAUCAGGAAGGGGGAAAAAAUAAUUCAUUAAAAGAAAUUCCACUAACAGAGCACGUUCCGGGAGCUCCUAUCCAGGCUUCUGGCUCUGGAGUGCUGAAUCUCAAUGAGCUCUGCCUCACUCCCCUCUUCUCUCACCUCCACCCUUCCACCCUCCUUCCUCCAGCCCCCCAUUUCUCAUCCCUGGAGAAAUCAUUCUUGGCUCCUUCCCUAUCCCAGAGGGACAAGCCCCCGCGAUUCCGCUGGGAGUAAUCUGGAUUUGUAAACCUGGCAUGUGUGCGUGUUCAUGUGUGUGUAUGUGUUCGUGUGUGGAAGUGUGUGCGUGUGCGUGUGAGGCGAGGGUGUCAGUUUUUGGACGAUGGUACCCCCCGCUGCAUCCCUAUGGUAUCCCAGAACCUUGAUUCAACACACAGCGGGCCCCACUAUGCAUAGGCUCUGUGGAUGAAGCAGAGGGGCAAGGCCCUUGUUACUGUAGCCCAGUUGCUAGGACUUCCUGUGGGGGAUGGAAAAACCAGACGGGAGCUCUGUGGAUGUAGCAUCGGGACCAAAGCCAUUGUUACUGUAGCAUAGUGGGCCAGCCCUACCUAUAGGGACAGUCAAUUAUUCUAUCUCUCUCUGUUUAAUUCUCAUUUAUUGAGUAAACUGUUUAAGCAAAAGCCAAUUUGAAUUGAAUUGAUAAGGUUGAUGAAUUGGAACGUAAUAACAGUGUAAUAACGGUAUAUUACAGCCUAAUAUAAUGAAUAGGGUAACACUUGACUACAGAAUGUAUUUCCUGUGUUAUUAACGGUAGAGUAAUGUAACUUGGGGAUUUUUUUUUCUCAAUAAAAACAGAAACUUUAGAAAGGGGUGUGUUUUGCCCCACUGUCAGGGCUAAUAUAGGUACCAUUGACUUGCAUUGAUUGCCCAGGUGGUUUUGCCCCAAACAUACUCACUUUAAAUUUAACUACUUUAUAAAAAACUUUUUUCUCUCUAACCAACUGGAUUAUUUAUCUUAAGCUCCCCUACUGGUGUAUAUAUAUAUACACAAAACGUUUAUAGAUAUAAGAUAUAUAUAUCACUUUUUCUAAAUGACAAAAUAUUAGAUCAGUGUACCUCAAAAUUGUUUUUAAUUUGAGUAAAUCUUUAUUUAACUAGGCAAGUCAGUUAAGAACAAAUUCUUAUUUACAAUGACGGCCUACCCCGGACGAACGACGCUGGGCCAAUUGUGCACUGCCCUAUGGGACAGCCAGAUUGUGAUACAGCCUGGAAUUGAACCACGGUCUGUAGUGACGCCUCUAGUGCUGAGAUGCAGUGACUUAGACCGCUGCACCACUUGGGAGUUUUGUUGGAAUGACUUAAAAAGUUGAGAUGAGACGGAUUACAUUUUAAGUUGAGCAAGACUAGUGGCAUCCAGGGAAAGUGUUGAAAAAUGUUUUGGUGACAUAAAGUGGUUUCUGUGAGAGUGGGGGCGUUUAACCCUGGGGGCGUUUAACCCUGGGGGUGUUUAACCCCAAGCCACCCUAUAACAGCCUAAUACAUAAUUAAUGUAUAUGAUGUUUUAGAAUGUAACUAUAUGUUACAAAUGUAUUAUUAAUGCUCUAUUACACCCUUAUUCAUAAUGAAUAAUGUGUAUAUUUAAAUAAUAUUUAUAUAUAAACCUAGGCCUACAGUAGCAUCUUAUACAGUAGAGAAUGGUGUCUCUUGAGCAAGCUUGUGAUGCUGUUAUACUCUCUCCUCCCAGAAUAUGUGGCUGCGAUCCCUUAGCCAAUCGAAUGUGGAGAAGAUUUAUUGCAGGCUUCUUAAAUCAAUUGGGACUCUCCAAGGGGCCUUACCUUUUUAUGACCACUGUUUUUAUUCGCUAGGAUUUUCAUUAGUUGCCCAUACUUUGAAGUGUAGUAUUGUAAGAGUAAAGGUUUUAUUGGUAACGAUUUUAAAUAACAAGCCAUUUUAGCCAACCAAUAAAGAACCUUCACUAUGGUGUAGUUGCCAAGUAAAAUGUUGGCUUGAAUUUUGGCUGUACAGUUUAUAUACAUAUAUGAUAUAAUAUUAUUUCUUUUUUCUGGACAAUAUUUCUGUACAUUUAGGGGACCCCUUUUGGCUCAAGGGCAUCCCCAAAGGCAAACAAUCCUAAUAGUCUGUUUAACUCCCCUGAUAACACUUAAUGGUGUUUCCCAAUAGAAUGUUUCACAAUGUGCAAAAAAUAUAUUUUAGCAUGUGUAGGUCUUUGUGUUACUACCAAUGGAAGCGUUACAGAAUUUCACUUACAUCUGUAGCCAGUAUCGUUAAACUCAUACUUUUGCACUGUGGCCAGAGGUCACUAGUCUGAGAAACAGUUGGAAUCAUGAUCAAACUAGAAUGAAAGCCCUUUCCAUUGUCAAUUAAACAGUUAGGAUUAUUUUCAAAUAUUGCUUCUGUCUAAUCUGCAAACAACAAUCUAAAAACAACCACAUUGUUGGACAUCCAACGACUAACUUCAUAACUAUCAGAAAGUAGUUCCGACAUUUCAUCGCAAUGGCCAGAAUAACUCAUGACUACAAAAUCCAGACAGUGCUUACUGCAUAGAGAAACAUCCUCACAUUUUAGCCAAGUAGCAUAGACUAAACCACAUCACCAGAAUGGGUUGAAUCAUAUAUUCAAUGGUAGGAGAUAGCAGAGGAAAAAAUAUUCCCUUUUCUCUACUUUUCCAUUUUUUUCCAGUGUGGCGAAGUGAUACCACGUGACCAGGCCUGUAUGCCCGCCAGCCUCUUUCUUGUUGAUCCUCUAGAGACCAUCUGUGCUGGGGGCAUUGAUUAGAGUGUGUCUGGUGGGAUUACAUCUUUUUGGUUGCCAUGCCAACUAAUCAGCUGAUUUCUUUUUUUUUGCUGCCCGCUCUCUCCCUCCGGUUGCCACAGCAACAAAACCGGGAACUGCAAGGGCCCCGACAACACUGAAUUCGGCUAAAGGGGCGAAUGUGUUUUUUUUUCUGUCUCUCUCUCACUCCUGCACAUACAUACUCUCCCUCUUUCUCUCGCGCUCUCUCUCUCUCUUGCACACUCUCCCUCUCUCAUUCUCUCUUUUAAUUGGCAACUCUCUCUGACCCAAAGUUAUUUUGUCUCUGCCGUGAACACAAUCCUCUCAACGUCAUCUUCAAGAUAGUGUGAGGGAUGAGAGGAACAAGGACAGACCUGCUGAAUAAGGACAGAGUAAAUAAUAGUCUGCCCAAUUCCAAACAACUUGAACAAAUUCGAAACUGAAGGACAUGCUGAAUUUCAUGAAAAUCAUUCCUCGCUUAUAAAAAUCGAUCCCCAUUGCGAUUACCCAAAUAAACAGACGUCCACAUGCCAGCGAAUUAAAAAUGUCUGAUUGUAAAAUAAAUACAGUGCAUUCGGAAAGUAUUCAGACCCCUUCACUUUUUCCACAUUUUGUUACGUUACAGCCUUAUUCUAAAAUUGAUUAAAUUGUUUUUUUCCCCUCAUCAAUCUACACACAAUACCCCACAAUGACAAAGCGAAAACAGGUUUUUAGAUUUUUUUGCAAAUGUAUUAAAAAUAAAAACUUAAAUAUCACAUUUACUAAAGCAUUCAGACCCUUUACUCAGUACUUUGUUGGAUCACCUUUGGCAGCGAUUACAGCCUCGAGUCAAUGUAAAUAGUCCAUGUGGCCAUUUGAGUAAUUGUUCAGCAGUCUUAUGGCUUGGGGGUAGAAGCUGUUAAGGAGCCUUUUGGACCUAGACUUGGCACUCCGGUACCGCUUGCCGUACGGUAGCAGAGAGAAUAGUGAAUGACUUGGGUGACUGGAGUCUUUGACCAUGUUUUGGGCCUUCCUCUGACACCGCCUAGUAUAUAGGUCCUGGAUGGCAGGAAGCUUGGCCCCAGUGAUGCCCCAGGGCCAUACACACCUACCCUCUGUAGCGCCUUACGGUCGGAUGCCAAGCAGUUGCCAUACCGGGCGGUGAUGCAACCGGUCAGGAUGCUCUCAAUGGUGCAGCUGUAGAACCUUUUGAGGAUCUGGGGACCCAUGCCAAAUAUUUUCAGUCUUCUGAGGGGGAAAAGGUGUUGUCGUGCCCUCUUCACGACUGUCUUGGUGUGUUUGGACCAUAAUAGUUUGUUGGUGAUGUGGACACCAAGGAACUUGAAACUCUCGACCCACUCCACUACAGCCCCGUCGAUGUUAAUGGGGGCCUGUUCAGCCCUCCUUUUCCUGUAGUCCACGAUCAGCUCCUUUGUCUUGCUCACGUUGAGGGAGAGGUUGUUGUCCUGGCACCACACUGCCAGGUCUCUGACCUCCUCCUUAUAGGCUGUCUCAUCGUUGUCGGUGAUCAGGCCUACCACUGUUGUGUCGUCAGCAAACUUAAUGAUGGUGUUGGAGUCGUGCUUGGCCACGCAGCUGUGGGUGAACAGGGAGUACAGGAGGGAACUAAGCACGCACCCGAGGGCCCCAGUGUUGAGGAUCAGCGUGGCAGAUGUGUUGUUGCCUACCAUUACCACCUGGGUGCGGCCCGUCAGGAAGUCCAGGAUCCAGUUACAGAGGGAGGUGUUUAGUCCCAGGGUCCUUAGCUUAGUGAUGAGCUUUGUGGGCACUAUGGUGUUGAACGCUGAGCUGUAGUCAAUGAACAACAUUCUCAUAUAGGUGUUCCUUUUGUUCAGGUGGGAAAGGGCAGUGCGGAGUGCGAUUUAGAUUGCGUCAUCUGUGGAUCUGUUGGGGCGAUAUGCGAAUUGGAGUGGGUCUAGGGUUUCCAGGAUGAUGGUGUUGAUGUGAGUCAUGACCAGCCUUUCUAAACACUUCAUGACUACCGAUGUGAGUGCUACUGGGCGGUAGUCAUUUUGGCAGGAUACCUUUGCUUUCUUGGGCACAGGGACUAUGGUGGUCUGCUUGAAACAUGUUGGUAUUACAGACUCGGUCAGGGAGAGGUUGAAAAUGUCAGUGAAGACACUUGCCAGUUGCUCCGCGCAUGCUCUGAAUAUACGUCCUGGUAAUCCGUCUGGCCCCGCGGCCUUGUGAAUGUCGACCUGCUUAAAGGUUUUCCUCACAUCGGCUACGGAGAUGGGGAGCGUCGCUGCACAGCUAUUUUCAGGUCUCUCCAGAGAUGUUCGAUCGGGUUCUGGCUGGGACACUCAAGGACAUUCAGAGACUUGUCCCGAAGCCACUCCUGCGUUGUCUUGGCUGUGUGCUUAGCGUUGUCCUGUUGGAAGGUGAACCUUCGCCCCAGUCUGAGGUCCUGAGCGCUCUGGUGCAGGUUUUCAUCAAGGAUCUCUUUGUACUUUGCUCUGUUCAUAUUUCCCUCGAUCCUGACUAGUCUCCCAGUCCGCUGAAAAACAUCCCCACAGCAUGAUGCUGCCACCAUCACGCUUCAACGUAGGGAUGGUAUUGGCCAGGUGAUGAACGGUGCCUGGUUUCCUCCAGAUGUGACGCUGGGUAUUCAGGCCAAAGAGUUCAAUCUUGGUUUCAUCAGACCAGAGAAUCUUGUUUUUCAUGGUCUGAGAGUCCUUUAGGUGCCUUUAGGCAAACUCCAAGCGGGCUGUCAUGUGCCUUUUACUGAGGAGUGGCUUCCGUCUGGCCACUCUACCACAAAGGCCUGAUUGGUGGAGUGCUGCAGAGAUGGUUGUCUUUCUGAAAGGUUCUCCCAUCUCCACAGAGGAACUCUAGAGCUCUGUCAGAGUGACCAUCAGGUUCUUGGUCACCUCCCUGACCAAGGCCCUUCUCCCCUGAUUUCUCAGUUUGGCCGGGCGGCCAGCUCUAGGAAGAGUCUUGGUGGUUCCAAACUUCUUCCAUUUAAGAAUGAUGGAGGCCACUGCGUUCUUGGGGAAAUUCUAUGUUGCAGACAUUUUUUGGUACCCUUCCCCAGAUCUGUGCCUCGACACAAUCCUGUCUCGGAACUCUACGGACAAUUCCUUCGACCUCAUGGCUUGAUUUUUGCUCUGACAUGCACUGUCAACUGUGGGACCUUAUAUAGACAGGUGUGUGCCUUUCCAAAUCAUGUCCAAUAAUUUGAAUUUACCACAGUUGAACUCCAAUCAAGUUUUAGAAACAUCUCAUGGAUGAUCAAUGUAAACAGGAUACACCUGAGCUCCAUUUCGAGUCUCAUAGCAAAGGGUCUGAAUACUUAUGUAAAUAAGGUAUUUCUGUUAUUUAAUUUCAAUACAUUUGCACACAAAAAAAUAUAUAUAUAUGUUUUCGCUUUGUCAUUAUGGGGUAUUGUGUGUAGAUUGAUGAGAAUGUUUAUUUAUUUAAUCCAUUUUAGAAUAAGGCUGUAGCGUAACAAAAUGUGGAAAAAGUGAAGGGGUCUGAAUACUUUCCGAAUGCACUCUACAUCAAUAUGGGGAAUGAUGUCAAAGGUGACGUAAACGGUAGCCUACUGUGUACUAAUGGACUUUUAUUUUGAAAACCUCUCUUGAAUAAAGCUGAGUAGGCCUACAUUUGUUACAAAGGUUGUUAUGAAUGAUACUGCAACACUCAUAAAGGUGUCAUGCCUGGUCUCAUGAAGGUGUUAUGCAUGCCUUAUGUAUACCCCCUUCAAAUAAAGUGUUACCCCAUCUUUGUUGUUGGACAGGUAUGCACAGAGGGUCGACUGAUUCUUGAAUUUGCCUUUGAUGACCUCAUGAGGAUCAAGACCUGGCACUUCACCAUCCGGCAGAACCGAGAACUCAUCCCCCGCAGCAUCCUGGCCAUGCACGUGAGUAGUAUGACAUCAUCAACAUGUGCUGACUGCACUCACAAAUGUAACACAUAGAGUUGGAUAGAGGGCGCUGCCCACGCUGUCACAGAAGCUAUAUGGCAAGAUGCAAAGAUGUGCCAUCUAUCCAAAUCUAUGCUUUGACAUCAUCAACAUGUGCCACCCACGCACCAUGGAGAAUGAUAGAGAAUUAUGAGAAUAAUAGGGAAUAAUAGAGAAUGGUGAGAACCAUAGAGAAUAAUGAGGACUCAUCAUGGAUAUACCCUGUUUUUGCAUGGACAUUGCCAUUGAGUGCUUCCACCAUUUUAAAGUAGUCAACUGGAUGAGGAUGCGUUGGGAGCGAUCAGCCAAUGAUCAGAGCAUUGUCUUUUUCAGCCUCUUGAGUCCCACACUCACGCUUCUAACCACUUUUAAACAUUGUGUGUUUGCUACAGACUUCAGUUUCUUUGCAUUGGAUUCGUCUAUUUCUUCCACCAUUAGCUGUGCGAUUGACAGGGAGUGAAGUAUACCUAAUUCACAUAGGAUUUGCAGUAUGUUGGCAGAAAGAAUUAUUGGGCAAUGUUUAUAUGGUUCCCUUUCAAACAGCCAAAUAUUUUCCACAUUCUUAUCGGCAUUCGACUUGUAUAUUGCCAUUGCUUGCCGCAACUGAGCAAGAGACAUUCAACUAUGAAUCUGUUGUUGCGGUCGUUGUCAUGGUAACCUGAGGGCAAGCUCUAAAUCCGACAGAAAUGCUGUUUUCAAUGUACUGCUUUCAUUUCUUCACAUUCACAAUAGUAGGUCAACAGUAAGUUAGCAGCUCGCCAUACUUGUAAAUAAUUUGUCAUGUGUUUUAUUUUCCUGUUUGGGUGAGUAAAAAUGUGGCUACAGUUAAACUCAAAACGUUGUAGAUAGCUAACAAGCUAGCUAAUGUUAGCAACAAACCAAGUCAUUGUCUAGAGAAAGUUUCUUUUAGUUGCCUGGCUUGCUAGAUUGACAUAAAUUGAUGUUUUUUUUGUGCAAAAAAUGUAGCAGGUAACGUUGCUAUUUGGACCAGGCUACUGACAUGCCAUGCGGACUGCCAUUUUUGUGUUUAUACUUUUUCAUAAUGACAAGGACAAGUUUGAUGUCGGACAACAACACAUAAAGGAAAGGCAGCAAAAAGUUGUCGGGAUGCUAAAGUUGGUGUAAAAAUGUAUUGGUUUGAAAGGUGUACUAGAGAUGUGUUUGUGAGAUGGGUGAAUCUCGAAAACGGUUUGAGCUACAAAGUAUUAUGAACCCACUAUGAAAAGCGGAGACUCUCACGAACACGCACAUGUAAUGUUUUGAUCUAUGACGCUCAUAAGCCACACAACAGUCGUUAGAAGGUAAGGGGUUCUUCUACAUAGAAGAUCAUAGGAAAUCCCAUGACGUAGUGUCUAUAAUACUGUAGUAAGCUCACAUAGUUGCUGUCACAAAUUCCAACUCCACACAGUUGUCACUGACUAGUUGGAUGUUCAUGUCCCACUGAGCAAACAAUUACUGUACUUAUAGCAUUCUUAUAAAUACAUUUUUCUUACUGGUUUUUGUGUGGUGAGCAUUAUUUGUUAAUUGACAUUUGUCAAUUAACUCAUGAAUGCAACUGUUUAUGUCUAAUUGUUUUGUGUUCUUGUAGCCAUGGUUGUCCUGAAAAGAAAAUGGUAAAACACUUCAAUUUGAGGCUAAAUAUGAUAGCAUAGCAAGCAGAUGAAGGAAAGUUGUGAAUUUCAACUUUUUCACUGUGGGAGGCCUGGGACCAAUUGGUUGCAUGGUUUGUAAAUGGCUUUAAGCUAUAUCACAGCUAUAUAGUGGCCACAAUAAAUGAAUGACACAAUAUUUGAUUCAUGACUCCCGCAAUGCAGGUGGCAGUAAAUCACCAAUAUUAGUUGUAUGCUUUUUUCAAACAAAAGAAGAAGAAAAUGGACAACUUUAAAAUGGAGAUGGCCUCAAUGGCGCUGCUUGUGCUCUCACAGACGCUAAAAUGGCACAAUACAAAGAUAAGUCCUCUAACUAUAUGUCACCCACCCAUUUUCCAUUCAGGUGUAUCCUAUCCUCAAAUUGUAAUGCGAGUCCUACUCCACAGGGUCUGAAGUGCCCCAACUCCACCAAGACACUUAAAUGCUAUUCAUAGCAUAUGAAUUUAAAAGCCAUACAAAGCAGUUUAGAAAGUGUCCCAAUUUGGAGGGAUUUGAUAAACCAAUUUAUUUGCAGACAUCAAAGGAAAGCUUGGAUCAAAGAGGCCCCUUGCCUGAGCAAAAAAAAACAACAAGGUCAAAUGAAUAAUCUGUUUAAUUCCAGUAAGUGUAACGAACAAUAAUAGUCACACGGAGGGAAGGCAAGUGAAGUGAGCAAAUUAUAGGUUGUCAUAAUUUCAUACGUUAGACAUAGUAUAUUAUAUUCAGUAGUGCACAGUCAUACUCUUGACAUACUCUAGUAUCUUGAAUAUGUAUGCAUAAAAUACAUUACCCAUAUGCAUGUAACCCAUCAUAACCUAAACGCAUAGCCUACCUCGAAGUGUGUAACAAUGACUGAUAGAAACAGUCUAUUUUCUUCAGCCCUGUGGACCUACAGGUAUAUUUCAGAAGUAGUUUUCCCCGUAUAGCCAGCCGCCUUCUUUUUGCCAAAUCUUGAUAUGAAAUUCACACACCAUUAAAUUGGCCCCUGUGGGUAUUCCCACUAAUUCCAGGAGAGUAGGGUAUUGUGGGCCCUGGCCUAAUAUUUCACAGGCAUGUGAGGGAUGUGUAAAAGUGAGUUAGCUCUUUUGAUCAUAGCCUGGACUAAUGAAAAGGGUAGAGAGAGCCAGGGCUGGAAGUGAGAAGAUUGAAUUUAGACAGACACAAUUGUGCUUGUGCGUAUGCACACAGACAUGCACACAACACACACACACAUACACACACAUGCGCGUACACACACACACGCAUGCACGUACACACACACACAUCGCAGGCUUUUUUUAAUAACAUUUUAAACAUUAUUUUUUUUGCUCGAGCAUUCAUUUCUUGUAAAAGCACACACUUUGGAAUGGAAAUGAUGUGGGUAUUUCAUAGUCUCACAGUUUUGUGGGUAUUUAAAGUUAGACUAUUCUGACACUGAAUGUUAUUUUCGAAUGGGUAUUCAAUGUAGUUAUUGAUAACCAUGGUUGAGAAAGCAUUUGACACCUCUUGGAGUCACAGGUUCUCACAAUACUAAGCUGUAAUGAGGUGGCUAGUUGGCGUUGUUAUUUAAUAUCCAUUUUCAAAUUAUAGUCCUUUAUCCACAUACUCAGACUCAACUUUAUGGUAGUCGUUGGUUCAAUAGCGACCUAGCCAAUGCUAGAGCAGAAGCAAAGCAAAGUUCUGUCUUUCUCUCCUCUUGGACAAUACAGAAUGACUUGAUAUUUUCCUUCCUGACUUUCUCUACACAAAGAUACGACUGGAGAUGAUACUAUGCAUUUUUCAUAAGCUUCUGAAUGGAAGCAUGCGCCAGGCCAAGCGGUCUCUUGCUUUGUCAAUACACUGCAUUUUCAGACUGAAGACUUCUAUUAUAUGAAAGAGUGCUAACUGUAUGUUGCCUCUCUCAAUUUCAUUACCCCCUACCCCCGCUCCCUGCUCCCCCUUCCCCAACCCUUAGGCACAAGACCCCCAGGUUUUGGAGCAGCUCUCCAAAAACAUCACCCGCAUGGGGCUCACCAACUUCACCCUCAACUACCUCAGGGUAAGAUCUCUCUCUCUCUCUCGUUCACUCACUCACACACUUUAAUUCAAUCACCCUUUUUCUCUCUCUCCUCUGUCUGUGUCUGUGUGGGUCUAUCUGUCUUUCUGUUGCUUUCUCUCUCUUCCUUUCACACUCACAUAAAGACACACAAAGAAAGACAGGCACUCACACGCCGCCACUACUCAAUCUAUCAAUCACCUUGAUAUACCAUCCACCAUUUUAAUUAGGUAUGGCUACCUGAAGAUUCUUUUUCAGGAUAUUUUAAGAAUUUCAAGAACAAAUAUACAAAAUUACAUUCACAGACUGACAGCUAUCACAAUGUGUUAUUGUAAUGAAAACAAUACUUAAAUACAUCAGUGAAUAUCCCCCUAUAUGUAUAUCCUUGCUUACUUUUUAGGUCCAUUCCUCACUGUAUUUAUAACAUAUAUUUAGUAAAAGUCUCAGCAGCCUGCACCAGAAUACAUUAGACAUUAUUUCAGCUGUCUUUUGUUUGUGCUUUUCAUUCCAAGACUGAGUGACAGCUCCGAUUUCCAAAUGGGAGAACAAGAGAGGAAGAGCGAGGGAGAAACGAGAGAGGGGGCGAAUUAAUUGGAUCGAGAAAAUUAGCAUAACAUUAAUGAACGCUCCCUGUUGAGACUCAUAAUUGUGAAAUGCCGCGCGGAGAGACGGCGAAGAGCCUAGCCACUGUUUAUUUAGAAGACUGUGGAGAGAGAGAGGGAAGAAAGAGAGAGAGCGACAGAGAAAGAGGGCUUGGGGGUUGAUUUUUUAACAACCAUUCUUACCAUUUUGUUGGACUUCUUUUUUGUUCUUGUUGUUGUUGAUGUUGUCAUAGCAGCUUACCAUGAAAAUGAUUAUAGAAUGCAUAUGGAUUAAUCAUAUGGAAUAUAUUGAGUGCAGUUUUGGAGAUGUUUGUGUCAUAACACACCUAUAUUAUCAUUUAUUUUAUUUUUUAUAUUUUCACCUUUCUAUUUUGAAUUUGAGCCUUGCUUUUCAGUUAUUGACAGCAUAUCAUCCAUUACCUAUAGGAGAUUUCUCCAUUGGCCGUUAGUGUAGAACUACUAGGCUAUUCCUUUGAGGGUUGGUUAGUUUUUUUAAAUGACACCCUUCCCCACAACCUACCUCAUUUAUCCCAAAUAAAAACACCCCCUGUCAUUUUUCACCAACAAAUCCUAGUCUAAUUGGCCGACUUUUGGAGGUCGGCGUGGGGUUAAUUUCAUACUGUACUUUGAGGAAACAUCAUCAUUCUUACUCACGUCACAGUGAGCCAUAGCGAUUUCUCUCUCACUAUCUUAGUGACGGUGUUCAGAAAAAACACGCCCUUUCCUCACAUAAAUGGAGUCUUUAUUGUCUUUCGAAAGGCACUCGUCCGUUUCCCAUCGUUUAUCAGUUCUUCCCAAAGAGACUGACCGUUUCCUGGCCAAGGGUCAGUGUAUUUAAGCCUUUCCGUGUAUUAGAGCCAUAAAGCAGGCUUCCUACCGUUGAACCUGAAAAUAGCACUAGUUUUCAGGCUCAAAUCAUUUAGCAGACGCUCUUAUCCAGAGCGACUUACAUGAGCAAUUAGGGUUAAGUGCCUUGCUCAAGGGCACAUCGACAGAUUUUUCACCUAGUCAGCUCAGGGAUUAGAACCAGCAACCUUUCGGUUACUGGCACAACACUCUUAACCACUAAGCUACCUGCCGGCCCAGGGAUUGUUCCCUGAGCUAGGGGGGAUAUAGUUGUGUCAAGAGGACAAUAUCAGAGAAAGAACAUGGGUUUGGUGGGCUACAUGCAUGUUCACUUUGCCUGCAGACAGUCCAAUGCCAUUAUAAAAUAGCUCUGUAGUAAUAGAGUGAAUGGCAUUGGUGGACCCUGUGACUCGUUGCUCUGGUAUUUCAAAAAACAUCUCAGAGUAGGAGUGCUGGUCUAGGAUGAGGUCCGUCCCCCCUACAUAUAAUCGUAUUCCUUGUGAUCUAAAAGCCUAAACUGAUCCUAUAUCAGCAGUCCUACUUUGAAUACAGGCCCAGGUCUGUUUUGAUAGGCCUAUGAGUAUAAACCUACUGUAAGUGCCCAAACAGAGUUUGGUCAUAGUGAAUUGGCUGGUUAAGAGAACUGUUGAGGGAGGUAGUUUGCCUCAUGUGAAACUCUGUCCUAUUCAAACUGCCAAACUGGCCCACAUGUGUCCUCUUUGUGAUGACUUCAUAGGUCACUUGAGGAUGCUCCUUGUUGGAUUCUCUAAUUGUACACGGAGUUUCAGAUACAGUAUGUAUAAGUGAUACCCUUUUGAGCGAAGCUCACAUAGUGAUUAAAGAUCCAUCUUCACCAACAUGGAAAACAUGCACUGUAUAUGCAUUUGUGUUUUAAUACUACCGAAUCUAACAUUUGCAUGUGUGUGUGUGUGUUCGUGUUCGUGUUCUCCAUCACCUGCAGCUGUGUGUCAUCCUGGAGCCCAUGCAGGAGCUCAUGUCUAGGCACAAGACGUACAACCUCAGCCCUAGGGACUGUCUGAAGACAUGCCUGUUCCAGAAGUGGCAGAGAAUGGUGGCCCCACCAGGUAACGUUUAUACUGCCUUAAUAACCAAACACACUUGUCUGCAAUUGUCAAUGGAUGCGUCCCAAAUGGCACCAUAUUCUCUAUAUAGUGCACUACUGUUCACCAGAGACCUAUGGGACGCAGCCAAUGUUGUUAUAGUGACUUAUAAGUAAUAGGAGAGCUGAGGUGACAUAGUGACAAUGGUUAGAUUGUCUAAUUUCUAAUGAGACCAUGUUGAAAGAACAGAGAAGGUAAAUAUCUAUUAUAUUGCGUAUGCUUAAAAUGUAUUCUCCCUGUCAGGAAUCGGGAAAUUUAUCAGGAAUGGCUCUGGAAUUUUAAUUUGAAUAGACCGUAACUGGACAUUUCAGGGUUUUAUGAUUGAUGUUCGAAGGGUGGUUCUUGAAAAAUAGUUGGCUUAAAUUGGCUGGAGUAGAAAUGAGCAGGUGUUUUGGACAUAUUCGAGGGCUGCAAAUUACUGCAAUGUUCGCCAGGGCAUGACAAGACGUCUUUCAAAAGCAACACCAGUAGAAACCCUUUGACUCAGAUCUGUGUAAUGUGCAAGGCUUCUGAACUUUAAUUAAGGGUGGCUGGUGUAAUCAAACUACAAGAUCCAACUCCCUCACGGAUGGAUCCCCAGAGGUUUGAAUUCUCACUUAGGAUUUUUUUUCAGUUUUCACUGUCAAUGAAUGUAGAAUCUUCUUGAACAGACCCUUUGAAAAAGGAUAGGUUGAACUGUCAAUGUCUAAUUGUGCGCAAGGGGAUAAAUCUUUGUUCAAUUGCACGUUGUAUAGUGUCAGGGUUAAGUGAAAAAAAUGUUAAGAUGCCAAACGUAUCAGCUGUAUAGGAGCUGAGACAGCUUUGGGAUCCAGAAUCCUCUGUGUAUGUGUUUACAGAUUGCCUUGACUCAAUACUGGUUUCCAGACUAGUGGACUUUAUGCUUAACAUUGUAUUGGGUGUAUAGCCAGGUUAUUAGAAUGGUAUCUUUAGUCAUUUGAAACAGAUCUAGGUUCAGUUUUGCUGGUCAUAAAUCUUUCGUGUGCCACUACAGCUUGUCCGUCCAGCUGUGUUUUUAAACAAAACCAAACGGAACUAAGCCGGUCUACUGUAAUUGUGGUUUCCUCAUUAGUCGAGUUUUUCAUCUUUCCUCCAAUUCUUCUCGGACCAGGAAAAUAGUUCUGGUUUAGCGAGGAAGGAAGCACGGCCGCAUUUAUGCGCUGAUAAGUAUUCUUUGUGGAAAUGGAUGUGAGUUUUAGUGAAUUUUUUGUUCAACAUAAACGUAAACAGUCGUGAUGCCAGAAAAGGUUGUUUCUGACAAUGGACAUCAUGUUCCUGUACCCAGGUUUGUCAAAGUAGUGGAUGGGAAUUGGUAAUAGACGUCACAAUUUUGAUAGUUUCUCGUGACAGCCAUAAACAUUAAAAUGUAGUAGUAAUAGAGAAGUUGAUUUGGUUCUAGUUGCAGACAUUACAGUUUAGAUUUUUUUUAAACGUGUGUAUGCUCCUCAGUCAUGUUAUCUUUUCAGAUAAAUUAUACACUGAGUGUACAAAACAUUAAGAACACCUUCCUAAUAUAGAGUUGCACCCCCCCUUUUGCCCUCAGAACAGCCUCAAUUUGUUGAGGCAUGGACUCUACAAGGUGUCGAAAGCAUUCCACAGGGAUGCUGGCCAAUGUUGACUCCAAUGCUUCCCACAGUUGUGUAAAGUUGGCUCGAUGUCCUUUGGGUGGUGGAUCAUUCUUGAUACACACGGGAAACUGUUGAGUGUGAAAAACCCAGCGGCGUUGCAGUUCUUGACGGAAACCGGUGCGCCUGGCACCUACUACCAUACCCUGUUCAAAGGCACUUUAUUCUUGCCCAUUCACCCUCUGGCAAAUAUACACUAUCCAUGUCUCAAUUGUGUCAAGGCUCACCAACCCUUCAUCUACACUGAUUGAAGUGGAUUUAACACAUUUCCUGGAUUCACCUGGUCAGUCUAUGUCAUGGAAAGAGCAGGUGUUCUUAAUGUUUUGUACACUUAGUGUAUGUUUGAAUACUAAAGCAUCUCCCUUGGUGUGAUUAGUAUAAGAACCUCUAAAAAUGUAUUUCAUUUUCAGACAUCUUUUUGAAGAUCACAGAUGAUAUAUAUAUUUUUUACUGAGAUUCAGAGCAAUAACAUUCUCUUACAAACACUUGGUGAAAAUGGCUAAAUCAAUGUAUUCAUAAAUUAUGUAUUUCAGAAACAAUGUUUUGGAGAUAUAAGUACUGCUAAGAUCUCUACUUAACCUAUUUCAUUACUUUACACAAGAUUAAUGAUCAAGGAUAUACACAUGCUUUUUUAAUUGCAUCUUUUAUUAAUUUAUUCAUUAAAUGUCUAGCUCAUAAAAAACAUGUAUUUUCAUAAUUGCAAGUCUUCUACAGUAAUAAUGUUUAGGCAAUAUCUUUCUUGCAGGGAAUGUACAAUUUUUUCUCCUUCAUUCUCUCUGUUUUCAUUUCUGGUCUGUCUCUCUUUCUCCCUCUGUCUGGCAUUUAAUUACAUAAAAUAAUUAAUCACUUCAAUAAAACAAAACUAAUUUUGGCUCCGGUUUUAGCUGGACACCCACAGAACUUCAAAACGGAAAUAUUCCCCACAAAUCACAAAAAAGGUACCUUUUCUGUCUUCGUAUAGUUUUCAAUAGAGAUAGAAGUAGUCUAGGGGAGCUGCAUUUUAUUCUCUCUGAACGGAAUGCCAAGAAAUGCAUUGUCGUGUACUUUAUAUUUUCGUCAUGAAUGCUCAACACAUGUCACAUUUUUCAUUCUACGUCACUAUGAAAUUCAAAAAUGGACCCCAAAUGUUUGCUAAAACACCACACUGUACAUCACAACUUCAUAUAAUGAUGCACACAAACAAACAAUCUGACUCACAAAUGCAAUUCACAGCAAAGCAAAGCAAUAAAUGGCUACAGAAGCCUGUACAACUAAAGAUACACUGUAGAUACAGUAGGACAAAAGGUGAUGUUAUCGAUCGUUUUAAUGUGGAGAGACUAUCGAGAACUGUACAACACCAAGGUCAUUAAGGCAGUCACAUUAAGUCAAGCAGCAAGGUCUAUCGUUGAGCAAUUAUGCAAAUGAAACAGGGGUUCUUUCUUACUAGAGCAUGUCAUGGGAGAUGUUAACGCCUUUUGAUUUCACCUCUGAUGUUAACAAAGCAUGGAUCAUUUUUGAGUUGUUGCGUAUUGUGUGUAUUGUGUGUGUCUGUCUGUCUGUCUGUGGAUGCUUGCAUGGGUGUGUGUGCAAGUCUACAUGCACGUGCGUGUAUGUGUUACCCCCACCUUGGUAUAUGCAUUAUGUUGUCCGCCAUGGCUCUUGUUUCCUUUGCUGGUCGCGCCAAAGCUGAGCCAACGAGACAGACGACGACGAAGAGGAGGAAAAGGAAGAACUCUGCCAGCAGUGCCAACAGCAGCGUGGGCAACGCCAACAGUAAGAAGAGAAGCCCUGCCAGCAACUUCAGUCUCUCCAGUCAGGUACCUGUAAGCAUCAGCUCUACCGGUUUGGCCCUCUCUUACCCAGCUAUACACCCCAUACAACCCUUAUACACAGCUACUAUAGACGCACAGGCAGGAAGGCAUGUAUUGAAACACAUUUCAUUUAUAGGACUAUCAAUCUACCAUCAUAUAAUAUGUUUAUUCAAGUAUUCACCUAGAAUCUAGAAUUAUCCUCCCCUGUUGCUUCAUUUACACCCUCUGCUCUGGGGAUUGCUAUAUCAACCAGCGCUCCAUGGCUCUAGUCUAUCCCAUGUAUACCGUAUUUGCUUCCUCGACAUGUCAAUACAACGGGCCAUUCGACACAGUUUGAGGUUAAACGCCUACUUAAACCACUGAGUGUUGCACCUCACGCUUCACAUCGCUCCGGGGGAUAAAGUGCUAUUGCGCUUCAAUUGUUUGCACAGGCUAUAGUACUCUCUCAUUAUCACUCACUGGGUUUGCUAGACGUAUGUAUGGACUGUAAGGAGUCAUACUGACUGCUUAGUACUGUAGUCCAUCUGGCUGGGGGUGUUUUUAGGAGGAAGGGGGGCAGGGAGACUGGGGAACUGUGAACUCUCUUUGUUUUGGGUUGGGUUGUUCCACACGGUGCCUUGCAGGUCAUGCUUUUGAAUCCACAAUGCGUCUCUCUUUUUUCUCUCUUUCUCUUUCUUUCUCUAUGUAUAUAUUUUCUCUCUCUCACUCACAUACACACCCUCUCCAACUCAAGCUCUCCCCUCUCUCUUGCUCUUUCUGGAUCUCCCCCUCUCUCUCGAUCUCUCUUCCUCUUUCUCCCUUUCUCACACCUUCUCCAACUCUAGCUCCCUCUCACUCUCUUUCACAACCCCCCUCCUUCUAUCUCUUACUCAAUCACUCGCGGACACACACAUACACACACGCGCACCCACACCCACCCACCCACACACAAUUGUUUUCUCGGUGGAAGGCUGUUUGGCUCUGCGCCAUCUCUCAUUAUCACAUAUCUGUAUACACCCCCCUCUCCCUACUCCCCCCUCCUGAAACACACACUUCCUAUGGCUAACGUUGACACGCAUCUAUAAGAGCAGCGGCGGAAACAUGCUGGUUACAUAUGUUGCACGCCAGCUAGCUUUGUCUGAGAAGUUGUUCGUUCGUUGGCUGAGCACAGGCCCUACGUGAGCCCAAUGACAAUAAGAAGUGGACCCUGGCGAGGAAAGGGAGGGAGGGGGUGAAUGGGGGGCAUAGGGAAGGGAGGGGGAGUGGGUUGUUGUGUUGUUCAACAGUGACCUCUACUGGUCGCUGGGCUGAAAUGACAUUGAAAACCAUGCAGAGUGCUACUACGUGUUUGCUGGGGGAUUCUUUUGGAACAUUCAGAUAUAAAUGGAUUGCAUAGAACAGACUUGAUUGUCUCUCAGGUAGAAAAGGGAAGUGUGUUAGCUUUAUUUGAUACAUUUCUAUAUGCAUCCCUCUGAACAUUUCAGCUCACGGAAUAUACCCCUGAAAAUAAUCCUGAGCCCUUACCUACAGUGGUGUAAAGUACUUAAGGAAAAAUACUUUAAAGUACUACUUAAGUUGCGUUUUUGGGUAUCUGUACUUUACUUUACUAUUUAUAUUUUUGACAACUUUUACUUUUACUCCAAUACAUUCCUAAAGAAAAUAAUGUACUUUUUACUCCUUACAUUUUCCCUGACACCCAAAAGUACUCGUUACAUUUUGAAUGCUUAGCAGGACAGGAAAAUUGACAAUUUUUUCCACCACUGCUUACCUACACAUUAUGUGUUUGCAGAUCUUAAGGGACUAGAUAGGCUUAUGCUGAAGGCCCUUCAAUGGGCAUAGGGGAGCAUCCACCAUAUUGCUUACACCUGUCCAGUUCCUUCAGACCUGCAAACACAGAAGGAGUAGGGGGCCAAGGGGGUUGUCUAAUCCCUCAAAAAGGAUGCUAAUAAACUAACUGAUGAUCAGACAGUGAGCAUUCUUAGCUGUCUUAACAGCCCAUUGGUCCAUUCAGGGCUAGCUAAUGCUAAAAGUUAUUAAUUAGAUCACAAUUAACACUCCCCCCAAUCCCAGUCUGGCUACCAGCUGUUGCCAACUUCACAGGAACAGAUGGGGAAUUCAAGGCUUGUUGGCAAUCACAAUGUUUUGAGCUAAUGACUCAAUUAACUAUACAAAUGAAAAAAAUCUGUGUGGAUAUCGUCAUUUAAUCAAAAAGCUCACCUAAAUUAAUUAGCGCAAUUAAGGCGUUUUGGCGGUCGCUAGUGGGGUUUGAGAGAAGUUUUUGAAAAGAGGCUUGUGUUGCAUCUCGGAUAAACAAACUACACCCCCCCCCCCCCCCCCCCCCCCCCCACCCCCCCCCCCCACCCGGAGCCUCUUUGGGGCAGUUGUGUGUGUGUAUGUGUUGUGCAUGCGCAUCAGAGGAGGGGAGGAGGGGAGUGAGAGCUCUCAUGCAACGUCGCGUCGACACACAUGGGAAGUGAAGCAUGUGCUCCAUUUAACUGUGCGGCUGCCUCCCUAGAUGCAGUGGGAGGUUGUGGGCUGCUGAGGAGAGAGAGGCUUUAGCAGACCAGGGGAGAUGAGAUAUACAACUCAGCCUGCAUAGAACAACCAACACCAUCCUAACAUUGUCCAUUUGAUCACAUAUUUAUAACUACUGGUAAUCAAUCAUCUAACAUUGCUUGAAUUACUGAAUCGCAUCUCCUAAAUACUGUUACUUAUUUUUAGACCUGUACAUAUCAAAAUAGAGAGUUGCAUCACCCAAUUCCUUCACAUUGCAAAUAAAGAAUCAACCAAAGAAUACAACUCCCUAUGUUUUCAUCUCUGACCUCAACACAGGGGUCAUCUCUUUGAAAUAUGUCCUACAUGAUUACUAUUGAUGGGUCUGCGAGGGUCAGGAAGGGGAAGAUAGUCCACUUCGUCAGUGGGGGGGAGGAUUUCAUUUGCACAGAGUGCUCCGAGAGGGGUCGACCGUGUACAUGCGGUAUCACCGGCUUCACCAUACACCCACUCCUGAAAAUUCCCCCCACGCACCAACUGUUAUUACAGGAGCGGCAGGGGGUUGGGUGGAAACAAGGUAAACACACGGCCAAGGGUAAUGCUCCGGGCUUUACCCCUUUGGUGAAGCAACAAACACACAUCAUCAGCAGUUGAAGCACACCAGCUUAUGGGUUCGACAGGUUAGAAGCUCAUGAGUAGUUGUCAUAGAGAUGGAUAGAGGACUCACUUGCCACAGAAGACCGUGAAAGCGUGGGCAGCUUAUGGGUUGUAGUAUAAUGCUCUAUACAGGUUUUAUCCUAGGUUGGGAUUCAAUCCGAUCAGCGUUAGAUCUGUGUUAUAGCACUUGACAUUUAAAGGUAAUUUCCAUUUGAGCGUGAAUGCGAUCUCUGCGAACGUCGGGGAAAAUGCCUUUAAAAUCUGUAUUGUCGGCUGUCUAGCAUGCUGUGCUAUGAAUUGAAUCCCAGCCUUAGUAAAGAUGUUCUUGUAGCUAUAAUAGAAUGGUGUCUCAUUGCCUUACCAACAUAUGGUGUCAAAAGUAAGAUCUGAACCCACAUCUCCAUUCUGGGUUAGAAUAGAAGCUCAGGGGUAGGCUACUUGUGUAGGCUACUGGUCUUGAUGAGCCUCAAUGUCCUCUAGUGUUUUUGCUUUUGUCCACUUUUGGGCCCUUUUGAUCCUUAAUUGCUUUGGGUGGAAUAUCAUCCAUAGAGACACUAAUCAUCAUUAUUCAGCAACAAGCAGGAACACAGACAGCCUUAAAGCUGCAAUAUGUAACUUUUGUGAGCAACCUGACCAGUUAUAGGUCUGUCAUUCUCAUUGAAAGCAUGUCUAGGAAGCGGUAGAUCUCUUCUAUGUGCACUAUUUCUAUGCUUCCCGUUCUUAAGUUUUGUUCGUCUUUUACUUUCGGUUUUGUACACCAAAUUCAAACAGCUGAAAAUACAAGAAAUGUGGUUAUGGACAAGACAUUUCACAGCGGUUUAGAUGGUACAAUGAUUCUCUCUACACUAUACUUGCUUGUUUUGUCACAUAAAACAAAAAUUCGGCAAUCUAUUAGAAUUUUACCAAACAGGAAAUGGCGGCGCGAUUUCUGCAUAGUGCACCUUUAAGCGACUUACAUCCCAUUAAGGUCAUGUAUAAAAACUCUGGGCAGGCCAUUAUUUUGGCUACCGUGGCUAUGCCCCAAUAGGAUGACAAUGUUCCCAUCCACAGGGAACGAAUGGUCACUAAAUGGUUUGAUGAGCAUGAAAAUGAUGUAAACCAUAUGCCAUGGCCGUCUGAGUCACCAGAUCUCAACCCAAUUGAACACUUAUGGGAGAUUCUGGAGCGGCGCCUGAGACAGCGUUUUCCAGCACCAUCAACAAAACACCAAAUGAUAGAAUUUCUGGUGGAAGAAUGGUGUUGCAUCCCCCCAAUAAGAGUUCCAGACACUUGUAGAAUCUAUGCCAAGGUGCAUUUAAGCUGUUCUGGCUCGUUGUGGCCCAACGCCCCAUUAAGACACUUUAUGUUGGUGUUUCCUUUAUUUUUGUGUCAUGAAUUGUGACAAAGAUUUAGAGUUAGUAUAACAUGCAGAUCACACCAUAAAAUGAAUAUGACCAAUAUAGAAUAAUCAAUAUAUAAUAAAUUCUAUAUAUCACAUAUAAUCUCUCAGAAGUCCAUACAUUUCUCACACAUGCAACAAUGUGUCCCUCAAAAUGUCUGACCUCUGACCUUUGAUCUCUCUCCUUUGUCUUUCAGGACGUGAUGGUGGUGGGCGAGCCCACCCUGAUGGGCGGGGAGUUCGGGGACGAGGAUGAGCGUCUGAUCACGCGUCUGGAGAACACGCAGUAUGAUGCCACCAACGGAUUGGACGACGAGGAUGACUUCAACGGCUCGCCUGCCCUCGGCAAUAACAGCCCGUGGGGCAGCAAGCCGCCCAACAACCAGGAUAGCAAGGCCGAGAGCACAGCGCCGCAG